AUGUCAACCGACGCGCGCCGCCGCUUGAUGCGAGACUUCAAGCGCAUGCAAACCGACCCUCCCGCUGGCGUCUCCGCAUCUCCCGUCCCCGACAAUGUCAUGACUUGGAACGCCGUCAUCAUCGGCCCUGCGGACACACCCUUCGAAGACGGUACCUUCCGGCUUGUGAUGCACUUCGAGGAACAAUACCCCAAUAAACCACCAUCCGUGAAGUUCAUCAGCCAAAUGUUCCACCCGAACGUCUACGCCACCGGCGAGCUCUGUCUCGAUAUCUUGCAGAACCGCUGGAGUCCGACGUACGAUGUGGCCGCUGUGCUGACCAGCAUCCAGAGUUUGCUCAACGAUCCCAACACUGGCUCUCCUGCGAACGUCGAAGCGUCCAAUUUGUACAAGGAUAACCGAAAGGAGUAUACGAAGAGGGGCACCACCAUGUCGAACGCAAAUAGCAUCAAGGUCGUCGCUCGGUUUCGCCCGCAGAAUCGGGUCGAGAUCGAGUCAGGCGGCCAACCCAUCGUCAGUUUCGAUGGCCAGGAUACCUGUACUGUCGAUUCUCGCGAGGCGCAAGGGAGCUUCACCUUUGACCGCGUGUUCGACAUGUCCUGCAAGCAGUCCGACAUCUUCGACUUCUCUAUCAAGCCGACUGUCGACGACAUCCUCAACGGUUACAAUGGCACCGUGUUUGCCUAUGGUCAGACGGGUGCAGGAAAAUCGUACACGAUGAUGGGUACCAAUAUAGACGACGACAACGGAAAGGGUGUCAUUCCGAGAAUCGUGGAGCAAAUCUUUGCCAACAUCUUAUCCAGCCCAGCCAACAUCGAGUACACUGUCCGGGUCAGCUACAUGGAAAUCUACAUGGAACGGAUUCGCGAUCUUCUAGACCCGCACAACGACAACCUACCCGUUCACGAGGAGAAGAAUCGCGGUGUGUAUGUCAAAGGCCUGCUGGAGAUAUACGUCUCGAGCGUACAGGAGGUAUUUGAGGUGAUGCGGAGGGGUGGAAACGCCAGGGCCGUCGCCGCGACGAAUAUGAACCAGGAGUCUUCCCGCUCGCACUCGAUAUUUGUCAUUACCAUCACGCAAAAGAAUGUCGAGACAGGUUCGGCCAAGAGCGGCCAGCUGUUCUUGGUGGAUUUGGCCGGUAGUGAGAAGGUCGGCAAGACGGGCGCUAGCGGCCAGACGCUUGAGGAGGCAAAGAAGAUCAACAAGAGUCUGAGCGCGUUGGGCAUGGUCAUCAACGCCUUGACAGACGGGAAAUCGUCUCAUAUUCCCUACCGAGACUCGAAACUUACACGUAUCCUGCAGGAGUCCCUGGGCGGUAACAGUCGGACGACACUCAUCAUUAACUGUUCCCCCAGCAGCUACAAUGAUGCCGAAACCCUCAGUACGCUGCGCUUUGGUAUGCGCGCCAAGUCGAUCAAGAACAAGGCUAAGGUGAACGCCGAGUUGAGCCCAGCUGAGCUCAAGAUGAUGCUUGCCAAAGCCAAGACGCAGAUGACCAGCUUCGAAAGUUACAUCACCAACCUGGAAGGAGAAAUCCAGUUGUGGCGUGCUGGAGAGGCGGUGCCUAAGGAAAAAUGGGUAUCACCACGUUCACCAGAUGGCGUGACGGGGACAAAGGCCGAGGCACGACCAGCAACGGCACGGCCAUCCACACCAUCUCGGUUAUUGCCCGAGAGGACGGGAGCGGAGACCCCCGGUAUGUCCGAGCGAUCGGGGACCCCGAGCCUGCCGUUGGAGAAGGAUGAGCGGGAGGAGUUCCUACGACGAGAAAACGAGCUCCAGGAUCAGCUAGCCGAGAGGGAGACGCAGGCGGCCACGAUAGAAAGGCAGCUACGCGAGACGAAAGAAGAGAUGGUUGUGCUCAAAGAGCACGAUGCUAAGAUCGGUAGGGAAAAUGAGAGGCUGGUUGGCGAGACAAACGAGUUUAAGAUGCAGCUAGAGAGGCUAGCGUUCGAGAACAAGGAGGCGCAAAUCACCAUGGACGGCCUGAAGGACGCGAACACGGAACUCACCGCGGAACUCGACGAGGUCAAGCAGCAGAUGCUCGACAUGAAGAUGAGCGCCAAGGAGACCAGCGCGGUUCUGGACGAGAAGGAGAAGAAGAAGGCAGAGAAGAUGGCUAAGAUGAUGGCUGGUUUCGACCUUAGUGGGGACGUCUUCAGCGACAACGAGCGGUCGGUGGCCGAUGUUAUCUCGCAAAUAGACGCCCUGCACGAGAUCAGCUCCGCUGGCGACGUGAUUCCGCCCGAGGACCUUAAGACGGUCCGGGAGAAGCUCGUUGAGACGCAGGGCUUCGUGCGGCAGGCCGAGUUGUCGGCGUUCAGCGCAGCGUCUAACGAGGCGGAAGCACGCAAGCGGGCGGAUCUCGAAUCCCGGCUGGAGGCGCUGCAGCUGGAGCACGAGGACAUUCUUUCACGGAAUCUAGAUGACGCCGAUAAGGAGGAGAUCAAGGCGAUGUUGGCUAAGACGCUAUCGGACAAGACAAGCACACAGGUCGAGUUGAUCGAGGGCCUCAAGUCAGAUCUGGCGGUGCGGGGUACGGAGAACGAGCGGCUCAAGGCGUUGGUGGACGAUCUGCAGCGGCGGGUCAAGGCCAGCAGCAGUGGGGCGGUGCCGAUGGCCAACGGCAAGACGGUGCAGCAGCAGCUGGCCGAGUUCGACGUCAUGAAGAAAAGUCUGAUGCGGGAUCUACAGAACCGGUGCGAGCGUGUUGUUGAGCUGGAAAUCUCGUUGGACGAGACGCGCGAGCAGUACAACAACGUGCUACGCAGCAGCAACAACCGUGCGCAGCAGAAGAAGAUGGCUUUCCUCGAGCGCAAUCUCGAGCAGCUGACCCAAGUCCAGCGCCAGCUUGUCGAGCAGAACUCGGCUCUCAAGAAAGAGGUGGCCAUCGCCGAGCGCAAACUCAUUGCCCGCAACGAACGGAUCCAAAGCCUGGAGAGUCUCUUACAGGAGAGCCAGGAGAAAAUGGCUCAGGCGAAUCACAAAUUCGAAGUCCAACUGGCUGCGGUCAAAGACCGGCUCGAGGCCGCCAAAGCCGGCAGCACUCGCGGGCUCGGCUCACCCACCGGCGCCUUCAGCAUCGGCAGCCGCAUCGCGAAGCCGCUUCGCGGUGGCGGCGACUCCGCGGCACCGGCCGGUGCAAGUUCUGGCUCCGCGCACCCGACUGUGGCGAGUCUGCAGCAGCAGCAGAAUCCGCCGGAGAGUAAGCGAUCGAGUUGGUUUUUCCAGAAGUCGUAA